AUGGGAACAACAGGCAUUGGCCUUCAUCGGUCGAUAGAAUCGGAUUCGGCUGGUGAAUGGUCUCGAUUGUACCUUUCCCCAGAUUGGUGUCCGGAUCUGAUUCUGCUCUUCCUCGAUCCGAUUGACUUUUUGAAGGAGGAGGCGGAUUGUAGGAUCGGUAUGAGGGAGGUCGGUCCCGAAGGGUUCUACCGUUUGGGGGCUGGUUGGGAGGCGACCCUCGUGUCCUUGUGCCUCGUGGCCCGUCGUCGGACGUUCUUGCCCGCCGAUCGUUCUUUCUGGCCGAUCCGGAUGUCGUCGACUGGCAUGAAAGCCGAUCACGUCGUACCUCCGUCGAAGGGGAGAUUUUGGUCCCAGUACGUCCAUAUGUCGAUCGUUGAGUUUUGCUUGGACGGGGCAGUCGGAGUAGACUUGGUAUUCCCGGCGGUGCUUUGCCGGAGUUGGCACGAACAGUCUUCGGGAGGUGGACGUGAUCGUUCCUGCCGGAGCUGCGUGCUGUUUCUGGGUGUCGUCCAGUUUGGAGGAGAGGAUAUUGUUGUGCUUCUACAUCUUGAUUAUUUCCCGCUGCAGGGCUUCCAUCCUGUCUUCCAAGGUGCUUUGCCGACCAGGCGUCUCCACUCGGGGUGUGCCGAGUGGCACAGCAGGGUUCUCUCUGUCGGCGAGGCCGAGGAUGGGACUGUCGGUCGCAAGGGGCGAAGGCGGGUUCAUAGUUUCAGAAGUAAAAGGGAGAUAUGGGCUGAUUGUCAAUCGGCUUCUCACAGACAGCGCCAAUCUGUUCGCGCUAAAUCUGAACAGAUAAGAGUUCGAGCGGGGGGCUGGAUCCGAACUGAGGAGAGGAUACCAGUGUGGUACCUGCCGAAGGCACUCCGAUGCCAAAGUUAA